AUGAUCCGUUUCCUACCCCAGCAGGUAUUAGUUCUACCGUAUCACUUCUUUGCCGAGGAUGUUGUGUUGCUGAUCACACCACAUCAAGACUCUCAAUCGGUUCCCCAGGCAUACAACUGCCAUUUUCUUGCAUCUGAGUCCAGUUCCUGCUCGCAGAGUUUCCAGUUCAAGUUUCCUCAUGGUGAAUCUAACUCCGACUCACUGUGGAAAAAGGAAGUGUCCUUCAAUAGAAGCAAACUUGUGACCUCAUCGCUGAACGCCUACAGCAUCGGAGAAAAGAUGGAAUCACAAAUUGAAUCUCUCACCGCCGUUGAAACUGAAGUACCUAUUGGGGGUAAAUUCUUGUCUGAACACACUAUACUUCAAGACAAGGUAAACAAGUCCUUAAAAUGCGAGAUGUACAUAAAUAUAGGCGUACGUAUCUAA